CACAAAAAUUUCCUCCUUUACACUUUAGCAUCAUCUUUACCACUAUCCAAUAUCAAAAUACCAAACACCUAACAACCAGUUUCUCACCAUUUCUCCCUAAACUACACCAACAAUAUCAUCAUAAACAACUAUCCAUCAAAAUGUCCUCCACACCAAAAACCCUCCUCAUAACCGGCGCAACCGGCAACCAAGGCGGCGCCCUAAUCCGCUCGCUCCUAGCCACCCCCUCAAAAACCGCCUUCCAGAUUCUCGCCGUAACCCGCUCCCCAACAUCCCCAUCUGCGCAAUCCCUCCUCUCCCUAACCCCCUCAAACCCCCUGACAACCAUAUCCCUCAUCCAAGGCGAUCUCACCUCGGUUCCCGCUCUCUUUACCGCAGCCAUUCAAGCAAGCGCCACAAACUCCAUCUGGGGCGUCUACAGCGUGCAAGCCAAACCACCCUCCAACGACACCACCCUUGAGGAAACCCAAGGAAAAGCCGUCAUCGACGCAGCAAUCUCCCAUAACGUCGAGUUUUUCGUCUACAGCUCCGUUGACCGGGGUGGUCCGGUGAACUCUCCAAACGACCCUACGAUGGUCCCGCACUGGGCGACUAAGUACCGCGUCGAGAAGCACCUCGAAGCGCAGGCGGAGAAGACGGGAAUGCGGUAUUGCGUUUUGAGGCCUACGGCUUUUAUGGAAAACCUAUCGGAUGAUUUUGCCGGGAAGGCAAUGGCUGCAUCGUGGAGUGCUGUGCUUAAGGAGCGGAAGCUGCAGCUCGUUGCUACCAAGGAUAUUGGGUGGUUUGGCGCUCAGGCAUUUUUGAAGCCUGAGGAGUAUGCGGGGAGGUGUUUAUCGUUGGCGGGCGCGGAGUUGUCGUUUGAGGAGGCGAAUCAGGUGUUUAGGGAGAAGUUGGGUAUGGAUAUGCCUGCAACGUAUGGGUGUCUUGCGAAGGCGCUUUUGCAUGUUGUGAAAGACUUGGGAGCAAUGUUUGAGUGGCUGAAGAAGAAUGGAACUGGUGCUGAUGUGGAGACGCUGAGGAAGCUAAAGCCGGAUUUAAUGGAUUUGGGAACGUGGUUGGAGAGGGAGAGCCAGUUUCAGAAGAAAUGA